GCCUCGAUCGCGCUAUUGUCAUGGAGACGGGAAGCUGGCGGCAGCGGCAGCGGGUACAGCUGGGCCGAGGUGGCUUCCAGCCGGCCAAUGCCUAAGCGAGGCGGAACGCCCCGGGCGGCCCGAGCCUGGGGCAGCGUGGAGCCGGCCAGUGGUGGCCUCGCCGGUGGCCUCUUCCCGGGCUCGCAGUAGGCCCGAGUCUUCGCUGGGAGCUCCCGGGAGCAGCGUCCCCGCCCUGCUGCCCUCGCUCCCGCCUCUUGCAGCCCCACGGCCCCUCAGCGCCCGCCCCCGGCUCCGCCCGCCGCAGCCGCAGCCCCUGGCGCUAACGGUCGAUAACGGCCCGCGCGCGCCGCCCGCCGGGGGCUCGCGCCAGCCACGAGGGAGCGUCCGCGGCCCGCGCGCCCGUGCGGCAGAGGAGAGGUGAUAAGUGUGAUGUUUCCGUAAUACAUUUGGAUGUUGUCAGCUAAGUUCACUUCUGAACUAAGGGGUUCCUCCACAUGUUGGCUGAAAUUUGUCCUUGCACAUCCCAAGGCUCGUCUGCAAAGUCUACAAUUCAUAAUGGAGCUACUGUACUGGCUAUUGGAAAGAGGAGAUUCUGAAGAUAAGGAGAUUCAGCCAUCGGUCUUUGAAAUUUCCUGUGAUGAGUUUCAAUCUAGAUGCAAAGGACAUGGAAAAAUCAAAGUGCUCGAGUGGUUUAAAUAUGUUUUGGAUGUUCCUGUUUAUAGACUAUAAUACUUUUCCAAUUAAAAUCCUCAGUUGUCAUGCAGAAGAAGGUUAAGCUCUACUUGAUUGCCAAUUUUACUGAAAAUGCUUAGUAUUUUACAGUAUCACUGAAUAUAUUUUGUUUAGCCAAAGAAUAGGAAAAAUAAAUUGUGUAGGUUGACUUUUUUCUAAAAAUGUCUUUUUUCUAAAAAUGUCUUUAUUGGAUUGAAUGAAUGUUUAUGCCUGAAAAAAAAAGGUUCAAAAAAUUCCUUUUACCAUCAUAGUCAUUCUUUUGACAAUCAGUUAUUAUUAGACUCGGUUUAAAAUAAUUUUCUAAUAUGACUCUUACAUUUAUGGGAGGAAAAAGACUUGAAAGAUACUCCUGUGUGUAUUUUAAUUCUCUGUAGUAGUAGUCCCUCUGGAAUAGAAUGUCUCUUCCUCAAACAAAUCUAUUGGCUCAUUUCAUAUAUGAGAAAAAUUUGCCCUAACUGGCAGAGUUUCAUCUCUGUAAAGAAGGCUGACAUCCACCUCCUUCACAGAAUCCCUGCAUCUGGGUAAUUGAGUAAUGACAGAUUACCUUGCCAUUGGGAAAUACCUUGUUGUGGCCUUUGUAGCAGCUACAGGCAGAUGGAAGAAUUCUUCUGUACAGACAGGUCUCCAGCCUCUUUGGUGUGGACACUGUGAAGGGGUACGUCUGGUGGGAAGGAGUGCUUAGGGAAGGAACUGGGAAGGUCCACAAAGGCUGAUGAUGACAAAGAAUCCAAGGGCUAGGAUGAAUUCUAAGCUUAGAUCUCAGAGUCAUAAAGUAAAUUUAUUAGGCUAGAGAGAUUUCCUUUUUUGUUUUUGAUCUAACUUUAUUUUUUCAGAUUUAUAAGUUCACAUGCAGCUGUACAAAAUCAUACAGAAAUCUUUGAACACUACCCCGUUUCUCCUAAUAGUAACUUCUUGCAAUAUACUGUAUAGUACAGCAUCACAACUUGGAUAUUGACAUUGAUGCAGUCAAGAUAGAGAACAUUUCUAUAACCAGGAGGAUCCCUCAUUACUGCCCUUUUAUAGCCACCCCUACUUCCAGACCAUCUCACUCCUCCCUUAACCCGGGCAACCGCUAGCCUAUUCUCCAUUUCUAUAAAUUUGUCUUUAUAGGAAUGUUAUAUAAUUGCAAUUAAAGUGUGUAACCUUUUGGGGUUUGACUCAAACCCAGCAUCAUUUUCUGGAGAUUCAGCUUAUAUGUGUCAAUAGUUUGUUCCCUUUUUUUAGUUCAAUAAUAUUCUAUGGUAUGCGUGUACCACAUCACUCAUCAAUUAGGACUUCUGGGUUGUAUCUGGUAUUUCAUUAUUACAAAUAAAAGUGCUAUAUAUA